GGUUCACUCAGUUCAGUCAGUCGGUAUUUGUUGACCAGCAGAGUAACUUACUCUCAACUCGUAUAAUUAUACGAAUAAUUAAGCAUAUCUUGUAGUUAUCUGUCUAGUUAAGAAACUAGAUGUUUGCACGCGUCGUCUUCUACGCAGUUUUGUUAUGUAACUACACAGACAAAAAGAAUCGUAUUAGCCUAUGACGCCAGAGUGUUUGUGGAGAAAUGAAGAUGUCCAGGAGCGGAUCAGGUCUCCAGCCUCUUAAAGCUACUGUUCCCUUCACACUGCACAAAGCAGCUGGAGCUGCCGUCACAAAUAUCACUUCAGGUGAUUGGACCAAAGCCGAGUGGUGUUUGCAGACUCGGAUCCGGCGCACACUAUCUUUGGAUGCGAUUGUGGGGCCGUACUUGCAAGGCCAGUGGCCCAAAGUGGGAGACAAACACAGUCCCAGCAGACACGGCAGGGAAGAUAAAUCCACACAGACACCACAUGCAUGGUUAGCUGGAGCUGAAACAACAGCUGUUGGAUUUCACAAACGCUCCGCAUCAUGGGGAAAUUCAGAACAUCUCCAGGAUGGAAGGGACAUGUGUGCAGGUUCAUCGUUUUCCAAGCUGAAACAACAACUGCAACAGAAGCAAAGGUCAGGUUUUCCAGUUGGCAACCAAGAGAAACUGCACAACCAACAUCAGUCCUCAGCUGCAUCAUUGACUCGACUGCCGUCACGUCUGCAACACAGUGAAGAGAGACUAGAUCAGGAGCUGGAGAAAGUCUUCAUACAUUAUUCACCUGUUGACCACUGUGGACUAUAUGAGGUUCCUGAUGGCCACAGGGCUCCUGUUCCACACCUGAGCUCAAGGAGUGGGUUUCAGAUCGAGUCUUCUUGUGUAUCUUCCCAGUCCUCUUUAUCUUCAUUCACAUCUUGCACUCCACAGCGCCCUUUAGAUCUUGAUACUGUUGGGGAGGUAAACUCAUGUAUCCUGAUGUUGUCCUCAUCACCACGGCCUAAUAACAGCUACUGCUUCCAGAGAGAUCCGCCAGAGGGCUGUGAGAGAGUCCGAGUGUGUGAAGAGAACGUCCCACCAUGCUUGGAUCAGGUGUAUGUAUCCUCUUGCCCCGACCCCAAUAAAGUGAACUUCACCACACACACAGGCUCAGCCUUCUACCCUGUCAAUCUCCCGAAGCCCCUCCUUCCUCCAGUGGACUUCCUGAUCUGCAGCCUCUCAGUUUCUCCAGGGUCCUGCUGGGUGGGACAGUGAUGACUUAAUGAGAGAGAGAGAAGAAGUGACUGUGUCUUUAAAAACACUUGUGAUGUUGUACUUGCUUCAGCAUCCUUACUAUUAAAAAUAAUAUUUUUAUUGUUGAACAGUGAAAAAUGUAUACAUUUAUUUUCCAAUUUAAAAAGUGAUUGUUAUACGAGUAAAUUCAAUUUUAAUUUCUUUAAUGAGAGUGGUGAAAAUAUCCUGUUGGAAUGGCAGACAGGAUAGAUUUAUGGUUUAAUAAUAGGCAGUUUUAUAAGAAAAAGGCUGUCCUUUGAAUAUUGAACAGGGAAGAAUGAGUAGAUGUGUUUGUUAUAUAAAGACAAAUGGUACUAUUAAGGCAAUGCUUGUGUUUUAAAUCAGUAUUUUACCACCCAAUUUUUAUAUUUGUACCUUAGCUUUAUUUAGUUACAGUUAUUGAAAACAUCGGAAGAGGGUAUUGUGGGUGGAUUUCAGUGGGUAUAUUCAUGUCAUUGGAUUUAAGGUGAAUUCCAGUCAUAUUUACAUUCACACUUUACAUUUGUGCUUUUUACAAAAGUAUAUAUUUUUUGUUU